AUGAAUAAAUAAAAUAGAGUUUAAAGAGUACCUCAAGCAUUUCUCACAACUGUCCAGACUUUCUCAGAAUAAGUACAAUAAAGAGCUCUUGAACAAAAUGAUAGACAACAGCUUGCAGAAAGAGUCUAUAUUUGACAGUGAAAUCUCUAAAAGUCAAAAAUAUCCUUUGAUUUCAAGGAAAUCUAGGAUGAGCUCAUAUACUGCUGGCAAAGAUAUUAGAAUUCACAAGAAGAGCAACAGAUAUGCCAGUUCAAAAUCUGUCAAAAAUAUAGAAAGAAAAAGAGAGAUAACCAAUAAGAAAGAUUCCAAACUCAAAGACUUCGAGAGUUAUGUUUUAUCCAGCCCAAAGAAUAACAGAACUGCAGUUAAAGAUAUCAGACACAAAACUAUUGAAGCUCGUGCUCAGUGUCAAAAGAAGGUACCAAAAAGAUGCUUAAGGAAAUCAUUCAAAAGACAGGCCACUCUUAUUCUUAAAUCUAUCGAUGCAGAACUUAGAUCAAGUAUUUGAGUCGCAAAGGAGCUCAAAACAGCAAAAAAGAGAAGAGAAAGAAAUGAAGAAUCUUCCAAGAAGAUACUAGAUUACUACUCAAGUAAAUAA